AUGAGUGCCGCUUGUCCUCUUUAUGCACCAUUUUUUGGUUUCGCUGGAGUCGCUUCGGCGAUGGUUCUUAGCUCUAUUGGGGCGGCAUAUGGAACUGCCAAAGCUGGAAUUGGAAUUGCGGGUAUGGGAACUUUUAAACCUGAACUCAUUAUGAAGGCAGGUGCAAUAUCCCAAAAAAUUUCAUUAAUCCCAGUUGUAAUGGCGGGUAUUAUAGCAGUCUACGGCCUGGUAAUUUCCGUUCUCAUAGCCGCAGCACUUGCACCGAAUAGUUCUUAUUCUUUAUUUGCAGGAUUUAUCCAUUUGGGAGCUGGACUUGCUGUUGGAUUGUCUGGUAUGGCAGCAGGAUACACUAUUGGAAUUGUUGGUGAUGCUUGUGUGAGAGGAUAUGCACAGCAAUCACGUCUUUUUGUCACUAUGGUUUUGAUCUUAAUUUUCGCAGAAGUGCUGGGUCUGUAUGGACUAAUUGUUGCCUUGAUUUUAAAUACAAAAGCAGAUAGUUCUUGUUGA